UAAACAAUACAUGUGCCAAUUAUUGCAGAGAGAGACUUCUUCUGGACAUGUUUACUUCAUCUGGCACCAUGAGAAUGGAUCUAGAGAAAGCUGGAGAUAAAGACACUAGUCUGGAUCUGGAAUCAGAGCCUGAAAGCCCUUUCCUGCCCUCUAGAGAUCUGUUAGAACCACUUGGCCAUUAUGAAUGGACAUUUCGUGACCAUGGAAGGAAAAAAUUAGUUCCACCUCCAGAGAUGACGCAGAGGUUCAGUAUACAGAGAAACAACUCUGUGUUUGUGGAAUGCAGGAUCCCCCAAAUGACGGAAGACACCGCCAGGAAUGCGCUCCUCAGCUUCGUCAAUUCCAAGUGUUGCUAUGGCAACAGAGCAGUACGAGAACUCGUCAUUCAGGAGCUGAAGCCUCAGAGGUUGUGCAGAUAUCGACUAGAGACCUUUAAUGAAACAAGAUUAUGUGAAUGGACUUUUGAACCUUAUACCAAUACUUUGGUAGAUGGGCCACAAAAUGGCACAUCCCCGAGACCAUGGGAUAUUAAAGUCCAAGCACCACAGAUGUUUCAGGAUGAUACAAAAAAGUUUCGCGUACCUCAUUCUUCUUUAGUCAAGGAAUGUCACAAGUGUCAUGGACGUGGGCGAUACAAGUGUAGUGGAUGCCACGGUGCAGGCAGAAUGAGGUGUGUUACAUGCAGUGGAGCCAGACACAAAGCAAAAGCCAAAUAUCUGCAACAUCAGAAGCGGUGCCAGAUGUGUUCGGGUACUGGUCGUAAGAGGUGCAGCACAUGUUCUGGAAGAGGAAAUAAGACCUGUACAACCUGCCAAGGAGAGAAAAAGUUGCUACACUUUGUCCAGCUGAUAAUAACUUGGAAAAACAAUGUAUAUGAAUUCAUUUCUGAACAUGAGUUGAACUUUCCAAGGGAACUGCUUAAUAAAGCCAUGGGAGAGAACAUAUUUAAAGAUGAAAACACUCUGGUGUAUCCUCUUGUUGACUUCCCUUACCCUCAGAUCUUGCAGGCAUCACAAAGAGCUAUUGCUGAACAUAACGCCAUAUUCAGUGGCACGUCUCGCAUUCUGCAGCAGCGACAGACUGUUGAACUAAUUCCUGUCACUGAAGUCCACUACCGGUAUGCCCAGAAGAUGUAUCUUUAUUAUAUCUAUGGAGUGGAGAACAAAGUAUAUGCCCUGGACUACCCAGAAAGAUACUGCUGUGGUUGCACCAUCAUCUGACAAUAGAACACAUUGUGAGGCUGUUUCCUGGGACCCAGUGAGCCAUUAUCAUGGCACGUGAAAGCGGUGUGGAAAUAGGGGCUGAAUGCAUAUGGAUUCCCCUUUUAGUACUAGGGUGCACAAUGCUAUAUUGUAAUGUUACUUGCUUAAUGUAGGCAUUUAUUGAUUGUAAUUUGGAUGCAUCUACACUAUAGAACCAGUGGACAUCACUUUAACUGCCUUGGCGCAAUGCUACAGAAUCCUAGGCAUUGUUGUUUUACAUGGUCUUUAGCCCUCCCUGCCAAAAGACAGCUGGUGCCUCAUGAAACUAUGACUCCCAGGAUUCCAUAGCAUUUGAACCAUGAUAGUUAAAGUGGUAUCAAUCAGCAUUAAUUCUACAGUGUAGUCAUAGUUUCAACAGUGAAUAAUAAUGUGUCUCCUGCUUAACAUGCAUCAGCUAGAAAGAGACAUUUCAUCUGGUGGUAUAAGUGAAGGAGGCAAGAUGAAUAUCAGUAAAUUCUGUAACAAUACACAAAACUUUCUGAAACAAUGUCAAAAUUCUGAAAAGAACUCCACUUAAUUCAAUAUUCUUUAUUGAUUGAUGCAGUUUUCUUUAAAAUUUAUAUUGUUUUAGACCAAUAGAAAGAUGGCAAUGCCAAGGUAGGUGUUUGAUCUUGUUCAGAAUAUUUUUUUUAAAAAAAAUGUAUAUAGAAAUAUGCAGCAUGUACCUUCUUCUCCAAAGGUUACACAUAUAGUGAAGUGAUAUCUUACAAGAAGGUCUGUGGAGUAUUUUAUGUCAAUAGAAUGUUCUAUUAAAAUGAGUACAAGAUCUUUUUAUAUGUCAGAGAUAACUGUAUGCAAUAACUAUCUCUGAGCUUUCCAUUUGCUGGGCGUAUAACCAUUUGAUUUAAAAAGGAGCUGUGGAAUUAGGCAAAAAGUAUCUACCUGUGUGUCAUUUUAAAGUAGUUUUAUAUAAACUGGGAGUGGGCAAAUGGGUAUU